GCAUAGGCUACACAGUUUCUCCCAUUACCACCUUAGUCUUGUUUGUGAGCAGUUCAACUGGAUCUCAUCGGUCUCUUGGUCACUUCACAGGGGCAGCAGAACACCUCGACUCUGCACCCCUGACCCAUCCACUGAGGUCAACAAUGGGGAAGCAGAGUCUCUGUAGCGUGGUUUGGACUGCUCUGUGCCUCUUGGCUUGUCUCUCAGCAUGUGUAGCCAGGAACACUGUGCACAAGGAGAGCAAUGACCCAUCGAACGCCUCGGAACCCACACAAACCAGUGACUUCGUAGCGGGGAAGGAAAUCUUCCAUGAUAACUUACCUCAAAACCCCCUCAAAAGUGCACUACCCAUUGCAGUUCCGUGGCAGCACAGCUCACCCAUACACGAUGAACCCGCACAUGACGAGGCCUUCACACAUGACGAAGAAUCACACUACUACAAUGACGAAGCCCCGCACGAUGACGCCACACACAACGAGACCUACACACGCGACGAAGGCCCACACGACGAAAAAACGCACGACGAGGCCUACGCACACGACAAAGGUCCACACGACGAAGAACCGCACGACGAGACUUACACACAUGACGAGGCCGAUGCACACGACGAAGGCCCACACGACGAAGUCACACACGACAAGACCUACACACACGAAGAAGCCACACAUGAUCAAGAAAGCAACGACGAGGCCCCACAUGAUGAAGCCCAGACAUCAACUCAGAUUCUGCCCCAAACACCAACCCAGAUUCUGCCCCUAACUCACACCCAGAUUUUGACCGAAAUACCAACCCAGAUUCCAACUCAAACACCAACCCAGAUCCUGCCCCUAACUCCAACCCAGAUUUUGACCGAAAUACCAACCCAGAUUCCGGCCACACUCGAUCAAGCCAGCACACACGAUAAAGCCAUACAUAAUGAUUCAGCACAAGACGAAGCAACGAGAGCAGGAAGAACCUGUCCAAUCAAGAGCGGAUACAUGAAAAAAAGAAUCUGGCCAAGAUUUCGGCCCAAACACCAAUGUGAAUCCUGCCCCACACAUCACCCCAGACUCCGACCCAAACACCAAUGCGGAUCCCGGCCCAAAAACCAACCCAGACCCCGACCCAAACACCACUGCGGAUCCUGUCCCGAACACCAGCCCAGACUCCGGUUCAAACGCAAAUACGAACUUCGGCCCACACACAAACUCACACCCCGGUCCUGGCCCAAACAUCAACUUAGACCCUGGCCCCUGCGCUAUCACGAUCUUCCACUCCGGCCCAAACACAGAUGCAAAAAGGGGCUAAAUCGCCAGGGCAAAUGUAGAGGCAAACACAGGCGCAAACACUGGCGAAAACACAAAUGCAAACAUGGGUGCAAACAUAGGGGCAAACACUGGCGCAAACACUGGGGCAAACACAAACGCAAACAUGGGUGCAAACAUAAGGGCAAACAUGGGUGCAAACAUAGGGGCAAACACUGGCACAAACACUGGGGCAAACACAAACGCAAACAUGGGUGCAAACAUAAGGGCAAACAUGGGUGCAAACAUAGGGGCAAACACUGGCACAAACACUGGGGCAAACACAAACGCAAACAUGGGUGCAAACAUAAGGGCAAACAUGGGUGCAAACAUAGGGGCAAACACUGGCACAAACACUGGGGCAAACACAAACGCAAACAUGGGUGCAAACAUAAGGGCAAACAUGGGUGCAAACAUAGGGGCAAACACUGGCUCAAACACAAAUGCAAACAUGGGUGCAAAAAUAGGGGCAAACACUGCCUCAAACACAAAUGCAAACAUAGGUGCAAAGAUAGGGGCAAAUACAGAUGCAAGCGCUGGUGCAAACGCAGAUGCAAACAGUGGUGCAAGAACAGAUGUAAACACUGGUGCAAGAACAGAUGUAAACACUGGUGCAAGAACAGAUGCAGAUUCAAACCCUGCUUCAAACGGCCCGUACAUCCAUUUGCACCUUGUCUCCCCAUACGGAGACCCCCUCGACCGCCACGCCCGACACCCAGACCCACCCCACCGACACCCAAACCCACUCCAGCGACACCCAGGCCCACUAAAGCGACACCCAGACCCACUCCAGCGACACCCAGGCCCACUCCAGCGACACCCAAGCCCACUCCAGCGACACCCAAGCCCACUCCAGCGACACCCAAGCCCACUCCAGCGAAACCCAAGCCCACUCCAGCGAAACCCAAGCCCACUCCAGCGAAACCCAAGCCCACUCCAGCGAAACCCAAGCCCACUCCAGCGAAACCCAAGCCCACUCCAGCGAAACCCAAGCCCACUCCAGCGAAACCCAAGCCCACUCCAGCGAAACCCAAGCCCACUCCAGCGAAACCCAAGCCCACUCCAGCGAAACCCAAGCCCACUCCAGCGAAACCCAAGCCCACUCCAGCGACACCAAGCCCACUCCAGCGAAACCCAAGCCCACUCCAGCGAAACCCAAGCCCACUCCAGCAAACACAAGCACACUCCAGCGAAACCCAAGCCCACUCCAGCGAAACCCAAGCCCACUCCAGCGAAACCCAAGCCCACUCCAGCGAAACCCAAGCCCACUCCAGCGAAACCCAAGCCCACUCCAGCGAAACCCAAGCCCACUCCAGCGAAACCCAAGCCCACUCCAGCGACACCCAAGCCCACUCCAGCGACACCCAAGCCCACUCCAGCGACACCCAAGCCCACUCCAGCGAAACCCAAGCCCACUCCAGCGAAACCCAAGCCCACUCCAGCGAAACCCAAGCCCACUCCAGCGAAACCCAAGCCCACUCCAGCGAAACCCAAGCCCACUCCAGCGAAACCCAAGCCCACUCCAGCGACACCCAAGCCCACUCCAGCGAAACCCAAGCCCACUCCAGCGAAACCCAAGCCCACUCCAGCGACACCCAAGCCCACUCCAGCGAAACCCAAGCCCACUCCAGCGACACCCAAGCCCACUCCAGCGACACCCAAGCCCACUCCAGCGACACCCAAGCCCACUCCAGCGACACCCAGACCCACUCCAGCGACACCCAAGCCCACUCCAGCGACACCCAGACCCACUCCAGCGACACCCAAGCCCACUCCAGCGAUACCCAAGCCCACUCCAGCGACACCCAAGCCCACUCCAGCGACACCCAGACCCACUCCAGCGACACCCAGACCCACUCCAGCGACACCCAAGCCCACUCCAGCGACACCCAAGCCCACUCCAGCGACACCCAGACCUACUCCACCGACACCCAAGCCCAUUAAAGCGACACCCAGACCCACUUCAGCGACACCCAGACCCACUCCAGCGACACCCAGACCCACUCCACCAACACGCCCCACACCCAGACCCACCCCACCAACACGUCCCACACCCAGACCCACCCCACCAACACGCCCC